AUGUCUGAUAUACACCCUUUUGAUCCUCUUGGGCCCCAGGAAAUUACCAAGGCCGCAAAAGUUGUUCAAGAGCUGCUCCAUGGAAAAAGCUUCAACUUUCGUGUCAUCACCCUGAAGGAGCCUUUAAAGCAGGAGAUGAUAUCAUUCUUGGAGAGAGAACAUCUUGACCAGCCCCAAAUCUCCCGACCUGCUCGUAUCGCUCAUGUCCAAGUGAUCGUUCGUGGUGAAUCUGGGCCAAAUGAACUCAACGAGCUUCGGGUUGAUCUGGACCGGGGUGUUGUCAUCCAACGAGUGAUCCUUAUGGGAAAACACUCGUUUAUUGACUCAGUAUACAUGAAAGAUGUGGAAAAUGCCUGUAUGGCAGAUGAAAGGGUGCAAAGUGAGAUCAGGAAAUUGAGGCUACCUCAAGGGGCCUCGGUUGUUGUUGAACCGUGGGCUUAUGCCACUGAUGGCAUGAACGACAUGUCAGAGCGGACUAGCAUGUGUUGGUUCUAUAUGCGACUAGUGGACAAUCCAGACGCCAACUAUUACGCAUAUCCACUUGACUUGUGUGCGGAGGUCUCUGAGCAACUCAAGGUGACUAAGGUCUACCAUUUGCCUUCAUCGGAGAGUGAGAGGGUCCAUGAAGAUGCACGACCAUAUGACCCUUGCAAGAUCCAUUCCGCUGCUAUGAGUGAAUAUCAUCCGAGUUUACGACCACCACCGCGCACAACCACCAAACCCUACCAGGUUGUCCAGCCAGAUGGGGUUUCCUUCGAGUCACACGGAAACCUGUUGACCUGGGAGAAAUGGACUAUGCGCAUGGGUUUCAACUAUCGUGAGGGUCUCACAUUGCAUGACAUCCGUUAUAAUGGGAGGAGUCUCUUCUACCGUCUUUCUUUGGCAGAGAUGUUUGUGCCUUACGGUGAUCCUCGUGCUCCGUUUCCACGCAAAGCUGCAUUUGACCUUGGGAACGAUGGUGCUGGGAUUAACGCGAACAACUUAUCUCUUGGAUGUGACUGCCUAGGAUUAAUAAAAUAUUUUGAUGGGUGGCACAACACUUCCUCGGGGGAACCAUUGAAAUUGCCCAAUGUCGUCUGCUGCCAUGAGCAGGACGAUGGGAUUUUAUGGAAGCACACGAACUUCCGCACAGGAAAUGCCGCGGUGGUAAGAUCACGUAUCCUGGUGUUGCAGACAAUCAUCACAGUUAGCAACUAUGAGUACAUCUUUGCUUUCCACUUUGGCCAAGAUGCUUCGAUUCAUUAUGAAGUUCGAGCCACUGGAAUCUUGUCUACCAGUCCUAUCAACAUCGGGGACGAAGUUGGAUAUGGUACUAUUGUUGCCCCGGGUGUCCUUGCUCCAUAUCAUCAGCACUUGUUCUCUCUUCGCAUCGAUCCUGCCAUUGAUGGAAUUGCAAACUCGUUGCAGGUGGAAGAGUCCAACCCUUUGCCCUUCAACGACCCAUCCGUUCGAAAUCCUUUCGGGGUCGGAUACACAACACAUUCAGAGGUUGUUACAGAGGAGGGAGGACUAGAUCUUGAUUUUAACAAGAAUCGCACUUUCAAAAUCAUCAAUGAGGCCAAAGUCAAUCCGAUCACCGGCACACCGGUUGGUUUCAAACUCGUUCCAUGCUAUAGCCAACUGCUACUAGCCCAUCCAGAGUCUUUCCAUGCAAAGCGAUCUGAAUAUGGAAACCAUGCAAUCUGGAUCACACGCUAUCACGAUGACGAGCUUUUCCCGGCCGGAAAACAUACUAUGCAGUCGCUUGGUGGUGAAGGGAUCAAUUCGGCAAUUGCUCAACGGAGAAAUGACCCGGACUCCAAGUCAACAGUGCGAAAUGAAGACAUUGUUAUUUGGCACACAUUUGGAUCGACACACAAUCCAAGAAUCGAGGAUUGGCCAGUAAUGCCAUCUGAAAAGAUGGUAGUUGGUCUCAAGCCGGUCAACUUCUUUACGGGAAACCCAAGUUUAGAUGUUGCUGUGUCGAAUCAAGAGAAUAACCAAACUUUACUUCAAAUGACUUCUUCUCGGAAACCAAAAGUCCAGAUUCUGCUCUCCGUGGAUUUCGAUGCUGUGUCGGGCUUUCUAGGGACUGGUGCUUCGGAUACAACCAAUCUGGCCGAUUACAGUAGUGGCUUUUUCGCAGCUCAAGUCGGAGUGCCACGCUUAUUGCGCCUCUUCAAGAAGCAUGAAAUUAGUUCUUCAGUGACUUGGUUUGUGCCCGGUCAUUCAAUGGAAUCAUUCCCAGAAGAGACCAAAGCAAUUGUUCAGUCGGGCGCCGAAAUCGGUUGCCAUGGAUAUGCACAUGAGGGCUCCAGUCAAAUGACUGAAUCACAAGAGAGAGAGGUCAUCGCCAAAUGUGUGCAGCUGGCAACCGACUUAACCGGAAAGAAACCUCAAGGAUGGAGGGCGCCAUUAUAUCAGUUGCGAACACACACCAUUCAAGUCUUAGAGGAGUUUGGAUUUUUAUACGAUUCCUCUCUCACGCAUCAUGAUUCGUCAUUGUACUUUGUCCCUCGAAUGUCAGAGCCCGAUGCUAUUGACUUUUCUCCUUCCAAGUCUGCUUCUACUUGGAUGAAGCCCCUUCCUGCCGCUGCAGCCAGGACUCCCGAGACACUAGUUGAAAUUCCAUGUAAUUGGUAUAUGGAGGAUAUGACCCCUAUGCAAUAUUUCAAUGGGAACCCCUCCUCGCAUGGCUUCGUUAGUUCCGCCAUCAUUGAGCAGAAUUGGAAGUCACGAUUUGAGUUCCUCUACAGUGAGGCUCUUGAAAAAUCAAUUGAAGAAGAUGCCGAUCAAGGCUUUGUUUUCCCUUUGGUUCUACACCCAGAUACGAGUGGAAUGGCUCAUGUGGUUGGGAUGAUUGACCGAAUGAUUUCGUGGCUCAAACAGCAAGAUGUUGAAUUUGUGACAUUUGGUGUUUGGAACAAAUCUGGCGCAAAUCAACCUACAUAUGGCUCGCUUUCUUCGGAAAUGCGUGAGUGGUGCCCAGUGCCAACUAUUGGCCCUUGGGGCUUCAUCAACAGCAGUAUUUCGACUUUCGAACGCCCAGGUGAAGUGAACGUUGACUUCGAUGAGUUGAAUGCACUGGUAUCAGUUGCUCAGACCUCCUACUCACCCCAAUUAUGGUCCUGGCUACAACAUUUUCCACAACUCAGCGCGCUUAACAUGGAUUUCAAUCCAAGCCUUCCACCAUCUCUUGCACUGUUUCCAGAACUAUCGAAGUCUGGGCACGGAGAGCUAUUUGAUUACUAUCUUCAACAAGUGUGCCCUCGCACAGCCGCCAGCUCCGCAUUUCCUUCGCCGUUCGCCUCUGUGAUCUUACCAUUCUGUCUAUCGGCUUCUCCCACGCUUUUCAAGGCCAUUCAAGCGUUAGGGGCAUGCCAUUGGUCAAGGCUCAAUCCAGGCUAUAGUUCAAUCGGCCUACGUUAUAAAUCAGAAGCUUUGAGGGACCUUCGUCAACGUCUUUCGUCGGAGGGAACUUUGACAUGUUCCAUGGAUCCUGAAGUACUGAUUAUCAUGAUCAUGCUAUGUUUGUACGAGAUAGUGGACAAGUGUGAUCAACAAUGGACCAUCCACCUCAAAGGCGCCAACGAUUUAAUUCGACUGCGAAGAAAACAACAAAUGAGAUUAACUCAAUCAACUGUCCCGUCGGAUCCUGUGACGAGUUUUGCAGAGCAAUUCUUUGCCUUCCAGGAUGUCAUGGGUCGAACCGCUUGUGCCAAAGAGGUCUUAUUUGGUACCGACUACUGGAAACCGGACGAACGCAACAUUGAUCUUUGGAUGGGAUGUAGUCCUGAACUAGUCUCAAUCCUGGCCAAAAUCACAGAUAUGAGUCGAACGAGGAGACAAAAUACGUCCGAUGAGGACAAGGCAUCAUUCUCACUGCGUGCUGCUUCCCUUGAACGCCAACUGGAGAACUUAGUCCAAGAGGUGGGAGAUGGUGACGACGAAAUUCUCGCACUGGUUGCAGAUUCUAAGCGGCUGGCUGCAAUGCUUUACUUGCAUUGUUCUCUGUAUGGGGCUGGUCCCACCACACCAUUGGUGAAGAGUUAUGUGCGCCAAAUUCUGCGCCUUAUAUCCGACCUCCUCGACCGCAAGUCGCUGGUCAAUGUGACAUGGCCAGUAUUUGUGGCAGCUGUGGAGCUUGACCCAUCUGAUGACGAGGUCUUCCCGGAAUCUGAAAUGGAAUCGGGAUCGGGACGAGCGAUUGUGCUACGUUCCCUAGCAACAAUGGCUGAUUCAACGAUCUCAAACAUUGCUAGAACACGGGCAGUGAUUACCAAGCUAUGGCAGACACGCGAUUCAGAUUUGAUGAAAGGAACCACUCUGCAGAAUCAAUGCAAUGAUUGGGAAUGGCAUGUAGUACCGAUCAGCAAUGCCAUGAGUCUGGCAUAG